AUGACAGUCAACCGAGAAACAACAGUCCCUUUCCACCUCAAGCUCUUCUACCGCCAGAAUGCCUACCACACGCUCAACGACUUCCCCAUCCCUACACCCACCGGCCCCAACAGCACCAGUCGUCUUCCCCCUCAUCUCGAAAUCUACACCUGGCAAUCCUGCACCCUGCGCGAGCUCUCGAGCCUCCUAGCUGGCGCAUUACCCUCACAAUUGCCAACCCCACAGUCUGGCACAAGGCUGUGCUUCCGCCUCAUAUACCCAGACACGCGCGGCGCAGCAACCGAAGGACGAGGGCGGUAUCUUUCGAAGGAUAUUGGGAGCGUGAUUCUGGGACAGUCAAGGGAUGAGAGCUCACACAACGACGGACAUGCGAAUGGCGAAAAACGUCGACUAGGUGACAAGGGCCUCUUUCGGCAGGACGAUGCAGAUAAGACACUUGCGGACGCACGAUUCGUGAUUGGGGAUUAUGUGGAUGUUGCGAUCGUGCCGCCGCUGGAUGAUGGCAGUGUUGCGCCGCCGGUGCAGGGUGGGAGAGGGCCGCCGGUGGGCCCGAUUGGCGGUGGUAUGAGAGCUUUUGGACCGCCUCGUGAGGGCGGCGGUGGGAGAAGAGGAGGAGGGCCGUCGCGAGGAAAUGGGAUCCCGACCGGCGAUUGGAAGAGAGGCGAGAGGGUGCCAGAAGAGCGAGGUGGAUGGGGGAGAAGGAGA